UUUUUCUUACAUAGUUAUAGCGUCUGUAUCUAGAUCUUGAUACUAUUCGAAUUAAUUAUUAUAUAGAAUAGCUAUUGUUAACGAAAUCUUAUUUCGGAGAGAUGUCAACAUUAUGGCGGACAAAAACUGCUCAUAUGAAUAAUAUUUGCUUCAGCUCUAGUAGGUGAUGCACCUGAAGGAUCUUCAAUUAUACAUUUAACAAGCUGCUAAACAAAUUUCUCUUCACGCUGGAGUCUGAGGAGAUGAUUACAUCUUGCGACACCCAGGAUUUCAUUCCUUUCGGCAGAGACUACAUCCGCCGUCAUCCUGGGCAGUUUCAGAUCAAAAGAAAAUGUGAUUCCCCGAUAGCUGAUCAAGGCUUCACACUUUUCAACUCUUUUAAGGAAAUCACUUUACAGGACUCUAUAAAGCAGAAAGAAAGCUGGGUUUUUAGAGAACAUGGCCGUGAUGUUGUCUUUGAUGAGGAGCUCUACGUUAAUGGGACCACUGUGGUGUGGAGUCGAGGCAGCCAAGGCAAUUUCAGGACUGUUGUCAAGGCAUUCACCAUGGACUCACCUGUACUGCAGGCACUCUGGGCUUCUUUUGUGAUAUCUCCCGGUGGAAAUACUGUAGAUUCAAGCUCCUCAAUGGGUUCUGCUGGCAAGGAGCAGAAAGGCAUAUGUACAGUCGAGUCCAGCACGGUCAGCUUUUUUGAUCUUGAUGGUGGAGAGUACUCAAGCUCAUUGCCAUUUCAGGUCUCUCACACCUGGCUUAUCAGAAAUGGACUUUUAUUUGAAAGAACUUUAACACACGCUGAGAUGAAGUCUGUGAAAAAGAAUUGUCCAAGCCAGACUAUUUUCUUCAGCAUGUUGCAUCCAUUGGAUGAGGUGGCUCCUGUCAUUACCAAAAUUUCUGCUCCCAGUGGCUCCCCCAAGAUUUCUUACUUCACUGACAGUAAUGUAUCAGUUAUAUUCACCAACUGUGAGCCCUCCAUUGCAGUAACUUUUGAUUCACUGACAGGCUUGCAUUCUGUAUGGAGGAUAAGGCGUGCCAGACAAGAGGAGAUCACAGUCUUGACUGCAUCAUGGGACAGCACUUCUUUCUUGUACACUGCCACACCUUAUAAUGGCAGAGCUGGUCUCAAUAUCUCUGGCAACCUUUCCCAACAGCUGGCCAACGUGUCUUUGAGCCAUUCAUCAAGUUUAUCACCAAUGAGAACAUUCUCUAGCAAGGUGAUGUCCCCUAGUGGCAUCAUGCGCUCUAGUCCCGGACUAACAAACAAAGUUCAAACUCACCAAAGCCCAGUGGCCAUCAACCAAGCCCUCUAUAGAUUCCACACCCCUCCUCCACUUGCGAGGUCACCUAGCAUGUUCAUGUACCCCAAUGGAGGUUCUCCACAAAAUGGGUCUUUCCUUGGCAAUGAAAGCAUUGGCCCUGAUCCUAUGAAUUCAUUACAACCGAGUGUCUGCUUGGAGCAGCUCUGGUCAGAAAGUGCACCACAAACUGGAGAGAAAUCCUUAGGGAAAGCAUCCAAAGCCUUCCUGACAGAGGAUCUGUGUGGUCAGCAGUUUUUAUGUUGCAUGGUUCCUUAUAGGCAACAUCUCAGGUGUUUGAAAUUUGAAGAAAGCAAUGAUGGCAGUCAGUUGAUAUUUGGUUCAGUCACAGUGAUACAUGCAAAAGAUGCCACACCUAUUCAAAGUGAUAACAUGAUGUUGGUCCUAGAAACAUCUGGCCUACUUAUUCUCUACACAGGGACUACUAAGAUAAGUCAAGUUCAUAUUCCAGUCCUGCCACUGGGCACUGGGUCUGUCAGCUUACUUCGCUCCAUCAACACACCCUACGGUAGCCCAAUGAGAGGGGAAGUAUUCACUAGUAGCCGGCCACCAUCUGCCAUGGAUAUCAGAUUUGACGAUGAGAUGUAUUCCAUGUUUUGCCAGAUGACCCACAUCUCGCCUGUGUCUGCCAACUUGGAGGACUCUGUUGGUCAACUGGAUGGGUCCAUGGGAGGGCAGGUCAUGGUGACCCCUGGCAGCAACUUUAUCCAGAAUCUCAGGGAUAAUGUUGGCAAGAAGUUCUCUGCUGAGUUGAUAAAUGGAACUUUGGUGAGAACAGAGUUGCCCCCCAUGACCACCUCCCCUGGAAUUGAUUUAACUUUAAAAGCCUUGAAAUACCUGCUACCUAAAGAUGUUGCACUACAAGUUCUGGGACGCUGGUAUACGACUCGCAACUCUCCUGGCUCUGUGGGCUGUGUUUCUGAGUGGCUCAUGUUUUACAAGUGCCUUCUGGGCAUGAUGGGCUAUGACACGUGCAAGCUAGGUUUGACAUCAAAUAAAGAUGGGGAUGGCUCAAUCUCACCUGUGCUUCAGUCCAAGAAAGCGAAACCUUCUGACCAAGGAGCAGAUGAGGACUGGGACUACUUGGUUAAAAGUGUGCACCAUGGGCUAUCGGCAUAUACUCAGCAGCUAUUUGACAUGGAAGAUAGUUGUUCCACGUCACACAUCCAGACAUCAAGACCAUGUUCGAUAAACAGUACUGCCCUACUGUAUCAGUUCUGUCCUGCAGUCAUGUUGGCACUGCAUCUUGUAUACGAGGAGCUGAAAUUACACACACUUUUGCAGGAGGAUCUCUGUUCUCUGGCACCCCUGGUACAUCAAAUAGCAUGUGACUUGAAGUGUGACAGUUACACAGACUGCUAUCGGAGGGACUUCCCACAUUUGUUUGAGAAGAUUGACGACGUUAGUCAGGUGACAGAAGAGGACCUUAGUAAAAUGCAGUACCCACAGAUCUUCCCAUCUGAGGCCCCAACUGUCCUUGGGUGGAUCAAUCAAGCUCUAGCUACAGGACCGUGCCCAAAACCUAUGCUGUACAUUCCUGUGUGUGAAAACAUCAGAAAAGUGAUCAUAGUGUAUGCUGUUGCCAGGUUGGUCAGUGAAGGUCUACCAGUUGAACUGUGUGUGGAGAGGUGCUUAAAGAAAAUAGCCCCAGCUGGUCACAGGGCUCCCACGGCAGAUACAACCUUGUCAUUUUCUUUGUCUGAGAAUGUCUGGAUGUCCAAAGCAGAGGCAAUUGUUUUGACUAUGUCAGAGCUGAACCUAAGCCAGAGAGACAUUGACUGCCUGCCUAUUGGUAUGAGUAUUCCAAUGAGAGAAGCCUGUCUGAUAUGUAGGUCAGAGCCUCGAUCUGACUGGCCAAAGAAUGUUUACAUUCUAAUAGGACGGCAAGACUUAUCAGAUCUGGCCUCCAUCACCUCUUCUACACCCAGUUACAACAGAGCCAAGUCUGCUCCCAGGGAGAGGGAGGACCUGGAGAAGGAAGAUGAGGAUGGGAUGGAACACCUGGAUGAGGAAGUGCUGAAGCUCAGGUUUCCCAAAGACUUGAGGAUACAAGAAGUGAAGAGACUUCUCCAGUCAGCACGGCCUGUCAUUGUUGCCAUCAAGCAACGCCCUGAGGUGAAUGACCAUGACUUCAUUGAAGAGCAGGAGAAGGCAUUGUUGGCCACGUGCGUUAGGACAAUGGCUUUGCCAGUUGGAAGGGGUAUUUUGACACUGCACACUUGCCAGCCUCUACUGACAGAAACUCUACCUAUACCCAAACUUUGUUUAACUGGCAAGUCACCUCCCAGAAAUACUACAGUUGAUUUCACAAGGAUAGAGGUACCAUCCAACAUGUCUGUCUGGCCACAGUUUCACAAUGGUGUGGCCGCAGGCUUGAGAAUAGCUGAUUCAACACAGGUGGAAUCUGCCUGGAUCAUCUAUAACAAGCCAAAAGAACUGACCAAUGAGUUUGGUGGUUUCCUGAUGGCCCUGGGUCUGAAUGGACAUCUGCCCAAGUUGUGCACUUUCAACAUUCAUGAAUAUAUUAGUGAAGGCAAUGAGCUUGUCACUAUUGGUAUAUUGCUGGGGAUGUCAGCUGCUAAGAGAGGAAGUAUGGACCAGACAGUUAUUAAAGCUUUAGGUGUCCAUGUCUCUGCACUGCUACCUCCCACCUCAGUGGAGCUAAACAUAGCCCACAAUACACGUGUUGCAGCCAUAUUGGGCGUGGGCUUACUGUAUCAAGGCACAGGGCACUUGUACAUGGCUGAAGUGAUGUUGUCAGAAAUUGGUCGACCACCAGGACCUGAGAUGGAGAACUGUGUGGAUAGAGACUCUUAUGCACUUUCAGCUGGUUUGUCUUUAGGGCUUAUUAUGUUUGGUAAAGGGAACCAGACCAUGGGAAUGUCAGAUCUUAGUAUGGCUGACCUGUUGUGUCAUUUGAUGGUAGGAGGUCACACCAAGCCCAUGUUGUGGCCAAACAGAGACAGAGUAUACAAGGCCCCAAGUUUUCUCAUUAAGGAAGGGGACAGGGUCAAUGUGGACGUCACAUCACCAGGGGCAACCCUUGCUCUUGGAAUGAUCUUCUUCAAUACUUCAAACAGUGCUGUAUCAGAUUGGCUUAAAGCCCCACAGACACAGUUCAUGUUGGAUCAAGUCCGGCCUGACUUUUUGUGUUUGAGAACAAUCAGUCAUGGACUUGUCAACUGGGAUAUGAUUCUGCCAACUGCAGCCUGGGUUGAAGGAAAUAUACCAGAAAUUGUCAAGAAAUAUGCAUUUUACAAGCCACAACCAGACACUAACAAUGACCUUGACCCAUCAAUUGACCUACAGACAAUGAGCCAAGCUUACUGCAACAUAACAAGUGGGGCAUGUUUGGUGAUGGGCUUGAAGUUUGCUGGAUCAGCUAAUAGGGAGGCUUAUAAAACAAUGCUUGACAGUCUUGGUGGAUCACUAAAACUACUUGGGGACCAAUAUCUUCUGGACCAAGCCGGACGGUCAACAGUAGAGAAUUGUAUCAGCAUCAAAGUUUUGUCAUUAGCCAUUGUGAUGGCAGGAACUGGUGACCUUAUGACAUUAAGAAUCUGCCGUGCACUCCGUCGUCGUGUGGGAGCUCAGUAUCAUCAGUUUACCUACGGGAAUCACAUGUGUAUAGCCAUGGCCAUUGGACUUCUGUUUCUAGGUGGUGGAAAGUUUACAUUGAAGACAACUCCUGAAGCAGUAGGAGCCAUGUUGUGUGCCUUCUACCCUCAGUGGCCUGUCAUCAGUUCAGAUAACAAAUACCACCUUCAAGCCUUCAGACACCUGUAUGUUUUAGCAUGUGAGCCAAGACUGAUCAUUCCACGAGAUGUGGACACUGGACGAUUUUGUUUUGUACCUUUACAGAUUAAAUUCAAGGGUUGUGCCUCCUACAAGCCUGUCUCCUUCCAAUGUGGAGCCCCUUACAUAGUGCCAGAGUUGAAUAAACUGGAAGAAGUGCAAGUGUAUGGAGCAAGGUAUUGGCCAAUCACUUUCAGGGUGGACAAAAACUGGGACAGUCUUGUUUUAUUGCUCCAGAAAGGAGGUGUUUUACCUGUAAAGAAAAGAGCUGGGCAUUUAUCUUACAUGGAGGAUCCAAAGGGUUACAGAAGUGCUCUGGCCAAGUCAUUGACAGCAGACAACUCUUGUCACUUCACAAGCCAUUCUGAUGUUAUCAAGUCUUUCACUUCCGAUGCUAAAAUCACAUCACUAGCUGAGUUUUUUAUCAAGCAAGAUAUUAGUGACAAUGGCAUAAUGCAAGAGUUAUCGUCCAUCAUCUACCAGUGUGUCACUCAAGAGAAGGUGGAAGCUAUCUGUCCACAUUUUAUCCUGAAACAUAUUGGUCAAUAUUUUGCCAACAAGAGCAGCACCCUAGGCCUUCAACAGAUCAAGCUAGUCAUGAACUAUUACACCAGUUCUCACUGUCUGAUCAAGUCUGGUUCCAGUCGUCUCAUCCACACAGAAUUUCUGUUAAGUUUGAGGUGUAAGAUUGAAGAACUGUUGGACUUGUGGCUGCAAGAAAAUGAGGUCAUUUUGCUGCAGUAUUUUCAUGGUCAAACAACUGACCAAGCAGUUGGCCAUUUGGCUCAUUUCUUAGUUUGGUUUUCCAUCCCUGGAAGGCAAGACCUCACAGAAAGUAUUUUCAAUGACUGUCCAGCCCUCCCACUACUGGCCAGUCUGUUUCCACAACUCACAAUGGCUGGACUGAUAAGGCUGCACAGGAGUUUAACUUCCGAAAGGCUCUGACACUGACAUUAUUUUAGGGAUAUCUGUGUACCUAAGCAUGCUGUGUGUGUGUGUAGCUUAGGAUGCUUUGAGUGUGUAACUAAGGAUGCUUUGUGUGUGUGGCUGAAGAUGCUGUGUGUGUGUGUAGCUAAGGAUGCUUUGUGUGUGUAGCUGAAGAUGCUGUGUGUGUGUAGCUAAGGAUGCUGUGCAUCUAAAUAAGGAUAUUAAGUGUGUGCCUAGCUUUGAUUGCUGUUUGUGUGUAAAUUAAAUUGAUUCACUUGUUAUGUUUCUGUACAAAGAGGCUUCACUUGUGAAUGUCUGUGGAAUGUCUUCUCUUAUUACAUUUCAACAGGCUACUCUUAAUUUAUGUCUGUAAAGUAAGACUUCAGCUGUUAAUGCUAGGAUAAUAUCUGUCUUUGUAUCUUGUUAUUGAAAGUAACUUAAGAUUUGUAUUGCUGAUAUAGUCACUGAUUUAGUGCAUUAGAAACGAUUAAAGAAAACAAUGAUGUUAUAAGUAAAGCGAAUGCAUGAAUUCAUGAUUUUAAAAAUAUUAUGAAUGGAGCUAAAAAUAGCUAAUUGACCUUUAUUCAAUUUUUUUAUGAAAACAUUGGUGAACGAAUUUAGAUCUAUGUAAAAAAUGCUUUAGAAAAACAAAUUUGAAUGUUAAUUUGAUUAAAAUAUGAAAUGAAUGAA